AUGGCGAGCAACAUCCUCCCAGGACAUGGGCAUGGACACAACAGCUCUGGUCAUAGAGACGAAUCAACCCCGCUUCUGCCUCAGCUCUCUAGUCACAUUGCACAUGAAGGCGAAAGUGGAAGAAGCGGUUUCCAUCCGCGUCAUUUCUUUGCUGUGCUCUGGAGAAGCUCAUGCACUGCGUCCAUGUGGGUGAACGUUCUGUGGCCAUUCGUCCCCGUCGCCAUCAUCCUCCAGUUCUUUCCUGGCAUGCAUCUCUGGAAGUUUGCUACCGCCUACAUCGCUGUCAUCCCGACGGCCAAUCUUCUGGGUUUUGCUGGGCAGGAAUUUGCACGAAAGAUGCCCAAGGUAGCAGGCAUUCUCAUUGAGACGACGUUCGGGUCCAUCAUUGAGAUCAUUCUCUUCCUUGUCCUCCUUGUAAAGCAUGAGAAUCAGGCCUCCGACAAUAAUGGAGACGAAGGAAACCUCAUUCCCAUUAUUCAAGCCGCUAUUCUUGGCAGUAUUCUGACCAACUUGCUCCUCUGCCUCGGUCUCUGCUUCUUCGUUGGAGGUCUCAAGCAAGCUAGUCAGAAAUUCCACGCCAUCGUAUCAGAGGUUGGUACCGGUCUGCUACUUGUGGCUGCUUUUGGUCUCCUCAUUCCAAGCGCAUUCUACUCCGCUCUGAAGGCCGAGGUUGUACCUGACUUUCCAGGUUUCAGAGUGCUACACGAAAAGUUCACAGAGGACAAGCUACAAGAAGACGUUGUGCGUAUCAGCCAAGCAACCUCUGUCGCACUGAUCGUUGCAUUUUUCAUGUACAUCUGGUACCAGGCCAGUAGUCAGCACAGCAUCUUCGACGAGGUUAUUGAAAUGGAUGAGCACCGGGACGCUGAUCGUGAAGCGGACAUGGAAAAGCCAAAGUUCACCAUGACCGAGACCAUCGUCGCUCUUCUUAUCGCUUUGGUGUUUGUGACCGCCCUUCUCAUCUUUCUUGUUGAGAAAAUCGAGCAUGUUGUUGAAAGCGGUGUACCCGAUCAGUUCUUGGGUCUUAUUCUUCUGCCCUUUGUCGAGAAGGCGGCUGAGCAUUUGACUGCGAUUGAUGAAGCUUACGACGGAGUCAUCAAUGUUGCCCUGUAUCACUGCCUGGGGCCCUCGAUCCAGACCGCCCUCUUCAAUGGUCCGCUUGUCGUUCUCGUUGGCUGGGCCAUCGGAAAGCCAAUGGAUCUUAACUUUGAGAUCUUCAUGAUUGUAUUGCUUGUUCUUUCUAUUCUGGUCGUAGGCAACUUUCUCCGCGAUGGCGAGUCCAACUGGCUGGAAGGAGCUCUUCUCGUGGUCAUCUACGCCAUUAUUGCUAUUGCAUGCUGGUACUAUCCCAACCCUGAUGUGGCUACUUCCAACGGACUAGAAGGCUCCGAGAUGGUCAACGUGACGAUGAGUGUCGAUACACUUCGUCAGUUACAGCAGCUUCUCAACGCACAUCUGCCAUUGUAG